UUGGCCAGGCAGCAGGUCCUUGCGGCAACCGGAACUCCCUAAAAAGGCCCGGAAUCGAAAAACGAAAUCGAAAUACUCGAAACCGGCUAGCGAAGAAAUACGUGUUUAUUGCCAAUUGAAACUGUGAAUUAUCCUGCUGUGCGAAUUGUGUGUGAUUGCUUGUUGAUUACUAAUUUUUUUGACAGUGCUUAUUGUUGUUUAAGGGGAGAGAAAGAGAGAUAGAGAGAGAGAGAGAUAGGUUCAUCCUGAUCUGUGAGUACAUUAAUCCCCCCUGCGUGCCGCGUGUUACUUCCGCUUCCGCGUGCAAUUAGUGGGCGGCAUGGCGGCCAUGAGCCGCCAGCUGAAGCGCUCCAAGACAAUGUCACUGGCGGUGGUGGCCCUAGUGCUUUUGGGCCUGUCCGCAGUCCUGGCAACCGGAAAUGACGCCAUUUCCGCGCCGAAAGCCUCCAAGGAUCUGCAGCAGCAGCAUUCGAAUCAGAAUCAGAAUCAGAAUCAGCAGAGAGACAUCGAAGAUGAUGGAGGAGCACGACGAGAAAAGGACUUUGACUUUGCCGCCUAUGUGAAUGAUUUCAAUUUACAAGAAGAGGCCUCCAUUCCGGAGGACAUAUUUGACCAGCACGACGGCGACAUUGGGGAUGAGGACGCCGCCGAGUCGGGCCGCAGUAUGCAGUAUGCCCCAUCUGCUCAAGUUGCAGUUGCAGCUGCCACCGCCGAAGAGGAGGACGCCGACGAGGAUGAGGUGGGUCUGUUGAAGGAGGAAAAGCAGAAGGAUGAGGAGAAGGAUGAGGAGGAGCUGGAGGACGACGCAUCCGAGGCAGCAGAUAUCAUACUUGAAUCUCAAAGGCCCACUUCGAGGAAUUUCAGUGUUUACCUGGACGCCAAGAAAUACCAAAAUAGCAAGAAGCGUGGCAAGGAUAAGAAGAGCAAUAUAAGCCACUACAACUACAAAUUGAAAAACAAUAAGGAGAAACAGCAGACGGCGGAUGGUGGCAAAUCGGAGAUGAGUGUGGGCGGGAUGGCAACCAAAUUCACUUCCGUCGAGGAGGAGGACAACGCGAACUUUGCAAGGCAAAGUUUUGCGUAUAAAAAAUUGAAGAACAUGCACGAACAGCAAAGUCAACAGGACGAGCAGCCAAAGGAGCAAAGGCAGAAACAACAACAACAACAGCAGCAGCAACAACUAAGGGGAGAUCUUGGUGGGGAUUUACUAGAGGAGUAUCCCUCGUCGCAGCUGUUCGAUGCCAUUGAAAUAUUAAAUGAACGAAAAUUUAAUAAACCCACGGUCCAAUCAGCGGAGAAGUCCUUUCAGCCAACGAAGAAGAAGUUGAAGAAGACUAAGGACUCGGAGAAGUUGGCCAGACAGGUGGACGAUGCGGCCAUUGGCGAUAUCGAGGACAAUUUGGAUAAUGAUGAAGUAUUAGAGGAGGAAGAAGAGGACCUCGACGUCGACAUCGAAGACGAGGACAUUAAGUUGCCCAUUGACAAUGAUGAAUUGGCCAAAAAAUACCCAGUGGUCGCAUCAACAACCACCAAGCGCCCAACCACUUUGGCUACACCAUCAACAACCAGCACUGGCACCACUAGAAGCAGCAGCACCACCACAACCAGCACCAAAACAACAACAACAACCACAUCGACAACAACACCAAGAACGGCAAGAACACCGCCACCGACAAUUGGCCGCAAACUGAAGAGGAAUUUCUUCGGUCUCCCUCAACCGGAAACCAGAUACUAUGGCAGCUAUGAUAUUGGGAGGAUUCGGGCGCAGGAGGAGGACAACACCGAGGAGGACGACGUGGGCGAGCUGCACUACUACGACACUAGUGGUAAUUCCAGAAAGCUGGUCAGCUUCGAUCCGGAAAAGUCCGAGGAGAAUUACUUGAGCAGCUACUUUGCUGGCAAAUUGCAACCGAAUGCAACCGAACGGAAACAGGAGCAGUUACAGCAGUUGCAACCGAAAUUGCAACAGCCGGAGCAACAUGUUGUUGCACCGCAGCAAUAUGCAACACGUUACGUGGACGAUGACUACGCCGAACAGCAGCCGCCGCCGGAAAAGUCCAUGAUGGAAAAUCCCUGGGAGAAAUCCGCGGAUGGGAAGCCAGAGGAGCAAGUGGAGGAGCAGGAGGAGGAGCAACCCGAGGAUGGCAAAUUGGAAUCUGAUUUGGAAUCUGCAUUGCAGCGAUAUCACGAGGCCACCAUGGGCACACCCACUGUGACCACGAGCGUCGUCCCUUCCUCGGCGUUCGAGCGUUUUAAGGCGCUGCGAAGGAGUCGCCAGCGGACGGGACACAAGAGCCACAAGAAGCGGUACAAGGACUACCUGAAGCGGCAGAAGGAGCUGGUGGUGACACCUCCGCCAGCGGAAAUCCCGCAACCAGCAACCGUUUCAACGCGCCACCUGCAGAAGUUGCAAAAGGAGCGGGAGCGAUCCACGCACUCGGCACCGAUCUUCGCCUUGGGACUGAGACCGCAGCGACCUUUAGUGGCAACCGGGAAGCCAUUCUACGAGGGUCAGGUCAACUACUACGACAAUCAGCCGCCGCUGGAUGUGGAUCUCAAGCACCACACCGAAAUGGAGCGCUUGAUUGCCCACGACAAUGGCAAUUGGUAUCGCCGCAUCAGUCCAGUGUUGCGAAACGGCGUCAAGAGUGAUCCGCCAGCGAAGGACCACCAUCAUCAUCACCACCAUCACAACGGAGGACACCUGGGCAAUCACCACCACCACCACCAUCACAAUCACAACGCGGGGCACAACCACCACCAUCACAGCCACCAGAAGUCGAAUCAUUUGCGGUCACGUCCCAGUAAUCCGUAUCAAAGGAAGGCUUCGGUGGCAGCACAGGCUGCACCACCACCACCACCGCCGCCCACUCCACCGCUGCCGCCGCCGAAACCACAGCUGGGUCAUCAGAUAACCGAACUGGAGCACCUCGAGCGAUACUACGCCAAGUGGCCGCAUCUAGCCAGGGUGCAAUUCCAGGUUUACGAUGAGCACUAUCGCGAAUCGCAUCCCGAUAUUUACAGCGACUACGAGGAUGACUACGAGAGUGCCGCCGAAUUGGAGGAGGCACAACAGGAGCGCGGCGAGGAGGCCAAUCUGCCGCCUUACAUCAAGAAGUACAACAGGCGGAAUAAGCAGUUGCUGAAUCUGUUGGAGGGAACCCUGCCACCACCCACUAAUAAUCCCGGCAACUCAUUGGGCAGCACCACCGAAACCGUGCGAUUGGAUGACGAGUAUCUGAAGGAGAAGCGGCGUCGCUACCACCAGCAUCAGCGAUUCGAGGACUUGUUUGCCCAGCAAAAGAGUCGUUUCACCACCACAAUGGCUCCACCAAAAGAGGAAGUGACAUCGAAGGCGAAAGCGGAGCUACCUAAGGAUAAUCCAGUGACAACUACAGCGCCGCCAAGCAAUCAGUUGCCCGAGGAGGAUGCACCAGUUGUUUCCGGCGAGGAAGCAGAUCCGGCACCCGAAACCCUGGACUUCUGGCAACGGGAAAUGGCCAGCAAGGCCGGCAAGGCGGGAAAUCAGGCUGGAAAUUCGGCCACAACCACCUCACCGAAGCCGGCACUCUAUAAGCUUCCCUCGUAUCCCGCGAUUGCCGGAAGUUUUCUGGGCACACCGCGCAGUCGCAGCCGGAGUGCCCAGUUCGUGGCCAAUGUGGCCGGCAGAGGUCAAAGUAAUUGGCCACGUUUGGAGACGGGCAACUCCACCGAAAAGCCGGCAGGCGGUGGAACCACCGAAGGUGGUGGUGGAUCAAGUGCAAGUGGAGGAGGAAGCGGUGGUGGAUCAGGAACAGGAGGCGGUGGCCGGGGAGAUCCUUCGCCGCUGAACUCCUUUGUCUACCAUCGCGUAGUAGAUGGCAUUGGAUUGGGCGGAGCAAGUGGUUCAGCCAUUUCGGGCUUCGCCGGCAGCAGUAGAGGCAAACAGUCGCGAUUGCCAUUCGUGGCCAUCACGGAUCGCCGGCUGGAGAAGUCGAUGGCGGAGCGACACAAAGACUUUGAGCAGAAUCACUUUCCGAUGCCUUAAGCCGCGAAUUUGUGCAGCAGUGGAAAAGCUGGAGAAGCUAAGUGAACAGAGGGAUGAAUGGUAAAAGAGAAAUUUACGAUGAGUUGUUAACCACGACUGGAAAAGGAAAUUUCAUGGAAUAUUAAAAAAAAUCACCAAAAUCAAGCACAGCAAAGUGAAACCAUAAACAAUGUCGCAGAGCUUCUAAAAAAUAUAGAAUUAUCAAAAAUUAACAUAUUUUCCCCUCAUUUUAAUACUUUGUUUUUGAAGUGCUAGUUAUUGUAUAUUUAAAUUAGGAAUUGUUUCCAAAUUAAUCCUAUGAUUUUCAAAUUGCGCUGACAACUUCGGACUGAUAUUGCAUAUUAUUUUGAAUUCAAGAUUAUUUUUUAUUCAUAUAAAAACCAGUUUGGGAACUUCAAAAAGCUAAUAGUAUCCAAAUCUCUUUCCAAACAUUUGCGAGCCACUUAAAACCGAUGCCAGCCAGUUUCCAAGGGUUUUGACCCCCAUUUAGGAAACACGAUUGUAGAAUUCCAAUUUUCCCUUUCCAGCCAAGUUACCAACUCAACAUCUAAACAUAAUUCUAGUACUAUAUUAUAGUCGCCGCUUUCGGAUGUUUUAUUUUUGGUGUUUUAUGUUUUACAAGAAAAGAAAAAAAAGCGAGUCAAAGGAUAUAGAGAUAAUUGUCGAAAACGAUUUUUUUGUGUGGUGGAUAUAUAAAAAGAUUAACGAUAAACGUUAGAAAAAAUAAACGAUAAAAUUAAAUGGAAAACCGAAAAAAACGAACAAAAAUUGAAAUGUAAAAUUAAAGUUAAGCUAAAACCAUUUUUUUGUGUAUAAAUAGCGAAUAACACCUGUAGACACACACAUACACACAUAUAUACGAAAACAAACACACAGACACUCAAAGAGCUGUUAGAAAUCAAAAAGUGAUAACCGAAAAGAAAAAUAUUCUAAUAAUUUCCCUUUGUUUCGAUUGGAGCCUUUAGUUUUAGAAAGCAUUGCUUUUGGGUGUAGAGUAGCUGAAAUUAGAAGAAAUUGUUAGAAAAGCGCCUCUCCACACACACACACACACAAACAUACACUGAAUGCUUUCCUUUAGCCCCUUGCACGCAAAAUCCAUCGAAAUAGGUUUCAAAAUUAAAAGAAAAUACAUAUAUGAAAACACAAUAAAGGAAAAACAAAUUGAGCUGCAGACCACGGCAAAAUGUUGCACGAAACUUAACAAAUAUUCAAUUAGCCAGAACAAAACACGGUCAACAAGUUUUAGUGGUCAAAAGAAAAAAGCAGACGAUCCGAAUUCGAAAAUAAAACAACAUAUCAAGGAAAAGAACAUACAAUUAUAGAUUUUAAAGAGUUUGCUUCGGACAGGAGGUAAAAGAAAACAAUUUAAUUUAGUUAUGUUUACUUUGAGUAACUUUUUUAAAAUAAAAAAUGCAAUAUACUAUCGAAAAAUUAAAUUUAUUUAUUCAAUGUACUACACAAAACAUUUCUCUUUAAGGUAAUAUUUAAUUAAGGUAUGAAACAAUUUUUUUAAAUGUCCUUAUUUAAAAUAUUUGAAAAGUCUGAAGCAAAGCUAAUAAUCAGAUUCGAAAAAAAAAGAAAUAAAAGUGCAAAAACAGAAAAUGUGAACCUCUGAGAAAUUCCCCCAAAAAUAAGUCGAAAACUUAAGAAAUGAAAAAUACUUUGUGUUGGAAAAUGAAAGAAAAGAGAGGCAGAACGAAAAGAAAAAUGCAAUCCCAAAGCUUUAGCCGAAUUACGAGUUUAAACAGAACACACGCACACUGACACAAAGUAUGCGAGCGGAAAUAAAAAUUUCAUAAGCAAGGCGGAUAAAGGAGAGGGCAAUGGCGGAGUCGAGGAGAAAGGGGAGAGAGUGCAGUGCGGUGUAAUUAACAUAUCAAAAGCGAAACGUAGAGAGAGCAAAAAAAAAAAAAAAACUGGCAAACGCGCCAAGCAAUUAAAACUAAGCGCAGUGGCAAAUAUAUUUCUCAAACUGGAUUCAUAAAAAGUAAUUUCAUUUGACACAGAGCUUCUUUGUGGCUCAACUUGAAAAUUUAAACUUUAAACUUUAAAACCUUUAAGUUUAAGGUAAGGUUAAUCCUCGAUUUCGAUUAUACGGAUUCGCAGAAAUGUUCGCUGUUUGUUUGUUGUACGAUUUAAUUGGAAUUUGAGUUGAACUAAAAACAGGCAAAAAGGUUGGCAAAAGCGGGAUAAUGGAAAAACCUUCAAAGGUAUCAGCGUAUCAAAAAGGCGACACACAAAAAACACACCAACAUAUACAUGCAUACACAUCUCAUUAUGUGGUAACAUUUUAAUGGAAUGAAAUUUAAUAAAGCAACAAUUUAUUAUUUACGCAUAA